ACUGCUGGUGCUUAGAAUUGAAUGGCUGGGAGAAAACCACAACGUCACUGAGAAACAAGACCACAACUCAACUCAGCUGGCUUUGCAAUUCUGGAGUUUCAGGUACGAAUGCACUACCCAUCUUCUCCAUAGCCUCAUUCCUCUUGUUUCUGGUCUACUUAAAGCUUUACUCUUUUUGUAAAGAUGAGAACUUUACUGCCAAUUAUCUAAUCCCCAAGUUGUAAACUUUACCAAAGAAAGAUGCAAGCUUUAAUCACCCUGCCAUCUAGAGCUGAAACCUGGAUACUCCCCCAGUUGGGUUCUUGUAAACUUAGUACUCGGAGAAGGAGAAGAAAAAAGAUGUGGGGUCUUGCUUUUCCUGUUUGCUAUGGUCCAACUAGUGCAGUUUUCAAAUUUGGUUUUGGAUGUGGGAGUGUUUCUAGGUACUCUGAACUUAGACUUGCUGGCAAUUGUGAGCUCAAUAAGGGCUCUUCUUUUGUGUCGGCGUGGGCUUUGGAGGAACAAGCUAUUGGGAAUGAGAUUAGUGUAGACAAAUCGCAACAUGGGUUGUUAGGGGAAUGUGAGAGCAAGGAUGUUGUUGUGGAGGGAAUUGAGGAGAGUGAAAUUGUUGAUGUGCGUGUGCUGGCAUCGAGCUUACAGUUUGCGAAAACAGCAGAUGAUGUGGAAGAGGUUCUGAAGGACAAGGGUAAUUUGCCCCUUCAAGUAUUUUCGUCCAUGAUCAGGGGUUUUGGAAGAGACAAGUUGAUGGAUUCCGCAUUUGCUGUUGUUGAAUGGCUUAAGAGGAGGAAGGAAGAAACUAAUGGUAUGAUUACCCCAAACUUAUUUAUCUUUAAUAGUCUAUUGGGUGCAGUGAAGCAGUCUAAACAGUUUGGAGAAAUGGAUAAAGUCUUGGCUGAUAUGACGCAGGAAGGGGUGGAACCGAAUGUUAUAACUUACAAUACUAUAAUGGCAAUUUAUGUAGAACAAGGACUAAGUAGUAAGGCUCUUGAUGUUCUUGAGGAUAUUCAGAAGAAGGGCUUGAUUCCAUCUUCAGUGACCUACUCUACAGCAUUGCUGGCUUAUCAGAGAAUGCAAGAUGGAAUCGGAGCCUUAGAGUUCUUUGUCGAGGUCAGAGAAAAGUAUCGUAAUGGUGAUAUAUGUAAAGUUUCAGAAGAAGACUGGGAAAAUGAGUUUCUAAAGCUCGAGAACUUUACAAAACGUGUUUGCUACCAAGUGAUGCGGCGGUGGCUUGUGGUGGAUGAUAAUUUAAGUAUCAGUGUGCUAAAACUUCUAGUAAAGAUGGAUAAUGCUGGGGUACCACUUGGUCGGGCAGAGCUUGAGCGCCUUUUGUGGGCCUGUACCCGUGAAGACCAUUAUAAUGUGGCAAAAGAAUUGUAUAGUAGGAUAAGAGAAAGGCAUUCUGAAAUAAGUCUAUCCGUCUGUAAUCACGUUAUUUGGGUGAUGGGAAAGGCUAAGAAAUGGUGGGCAGCUUUGGAGAUUUAUGAGGAUAUGCUGGACAAGGGGCCAAAGCCAAAUAACAUGUCAUAUGAAUUGGUAGUAUCUCACUUUAAUAUUCUUCUGACUGCUGCUAGAAAAAAGGGAAUUUGGAGAUGGGGUGUCAGGUUGCUCAACAAGAUGGAAGAGAAAGGUCUUCAACCGAGAAGUAAGGAAUGGAAUGCAGUUCUAGUUGCCUGUUCUAAGGCUGCAGAAACUUCUGCUGCUGUCCAGAUUUUUAGAAGAAUGGUAGAACAAGGUCAAAAACCCACAAUCCUUUCUUAUGGGGCCUUGCUCAGUGCUCUUGAAAAGGGGAAACUCUAUGAUGAGGCUCACCAGGUGUGGGAACAUAUGAUCAAGGUUGGUGUAAAACCCAACCUGUAUGCGUACACAAUCAUGGCCUCAGUUUUCAGUGGACAAGGAAAAUUUAAUUUGGUGGAGACCAUUGUUCAAGAGAUGGUUUCAUCAGGGAUUGAGCCAACGGUAGUCACAUACAAUGCAAUUAUUAGUGGCUGUGCACGAAAUGAUUCAAGCAGUGCUGAUGCAUAUGACUGGUUUGAUCGGAUGAAAGCUAACAAUAUUCCUCCAAACAAUGUUACUUAUGAAAUGAUGAUCGAGGCUCUUGCUAAAGAAGGUAAACCAAGGCUUGCAUACGAGUUAUAUUUGAGGGCUCAAAACCAGGGCAUUCACCUCUCUGCAAAGGCUUAUGAUAUUUUGGUCCAACCCUCAAUGGUUUCUGGAGCUAGUUUUGAUCUAAAACUCUUAGGGCCUCGUCCACCUGAGCAGAAAAAGGAAAAUUUGCGAGGUAGAAAAUCUUCUACCUAAAACUUUUGAAGAACUCAGAGAUGUAAACCAUUUGAUACUUGAUAGCUAGAGAGAGAGAAAGGAAAUAUACGCCCUUGACAAACCAAUGUGGAAUUAGUUACCAUGAGCUCUCUGUCCAUCCAUCUGAAUGUACACCCCGAUGUAUAAAUUUAUUGAUUUUUCUGUAGACAGCAUCUGUGGCACGUUCAAGAACUCCUUUUAAGUGGCUCAAGCGUACAAGCUCAAGAAAAAUGACAAAGCGGGGUUUAAGCAGAGUUGUUCAGCCGUCUUUGGCAAGCAGACAAAGAAGGCCUAAAGCACCGAUAAGAGGUCUUUGACAAAGCUGAAUAAGGUAAAUCGCUGAUUGAAAUCAUAAUUACUUCUCUGCAAACGAGUUAGAUGAUCAUAUACAUUACCCUAAAGUUUGAUGAACAGAGAUUGAGGAGUAAAUAUUAGAUGAAAAUGCUAGACAGUCAAGUUUUAAAAGGAGGUUUAACUGGCUAGUUUAGCCAAUUGUCCAUCUAACUUGGCCAAUUAAUUUUAUUUGUUUCUUUACCAUGGAAUCUUCUGAAUUAAUCUUAUUCGUUUCUUAUCAUGGAAUCUUCUGUUUCCAACUUUGUUAAUAUGGUUCCUAUUAUCUCCUGAUGCAUCAAGUAUUGAUUUUGACGUUGAGUAGAAAAUAUUUUUUGGUUACUCCUUGGUUCCUCUUUUUGUUGAGGGUACAAUUUACUGUUUUUGUUGUGAAGGAUGGCAAACAGUUCUAAUUUAAUAUUUUAAUGGUUCCAUUUCUUGGUUAUAAAGGAGAAAGCAUAUACUCCAGUUGGCUUAUGUUGAAAUCAUAUAUUUAGUUAUUUACUUUGCAUUCAAGCAACUCCUCUGCUUACAUUUUUUUUUUUUGAGGGUUGCUGAUGGAAAAGGGAACUUAGGUGAAAGUGCAGAAAUCCAAGAAGCCCAUUUGGCUAUGUCCUUGUUUUUCAUUCGUAUCGCGCAUUGAUGAAUGGAAAGGGAAAAACACGUAUUAGGUGUCCUCCCUCCCGAGAGGGUUGAAGUCAUAGAGGGGGAACUAGUCUUUGAGGAAUAGGCCCAAUUGGAAACUUGCUUUUACUCCGGCCAGAAAUCCUGUUUAAGUAAGUUCUGCUGACUAGGAAUGUUGUAAGUUGUAACUUACUCAUAGUUUUUAUUCACUACAAGUCGUAUCUGGAGCUGCUUCUUUUCCUCCUCUACUGUUAUGCUUUGACAUCCAAUUUCUUCCUUCAUGGGCCCUAGGAGAAAGCAUUGGAAAAAUUCGAGGAAACCACAAGCCAAGAAGUAACUGGUGACAUGAAUUUGUCAGUUACAUAUCGUGAUUCUCUGACUUUCCUUUUUGUAUAUUAUACCAUCCUUCUGAGCAUUAUAUUAUACCAUACUGUGACUUCAUGAUG